UCGUGCCGGCACAAGUAGGCGCGAAAAUUCGUGUGCUUCAUUGUGCUAGCUAAUCAUUGGCAUUUCCGUCGGAAUGUCUUCUUGUGUGCUGAGUUCAGUCAAUUAAAUACCCCUGAAUUUUGAUACUGUUGUGGUAUUGUACUAGACAAGUGCGCGAUAGCGAUUGGAAUCAGCUAUCUUUAACGGGUUGUGUAGAAGGAGAAGUGAACGUAGAAAACCAUCGGGUAUCGUUCUGAAACAUAUCGUUUAUUGUACCAAUCAAUGAUAAGAAACAGAAGAAGCAUUAACCGGUGAGAAGCAACAGGAGAAGUGUUCUUUGGCCGUGUCGGUGAUUCAUGCUUAACCAAUCGGUUCUCUCGAUGAUUUAUCAGCUAUAGUUAAAGUUUCCAACAACAAGAGUGAUUUAUUACACGAACAGAAGUCAUUAUUGAAUUUGUUCUAAAUUUUUACCGCCGAAAGGCACAAGAGGGAAGCGGAAAAGUUUGCUCUACCCUACAGGGAGCAAAAUAGAAAUACCAAUUGAUUAAUUCCGACAGACCGAAUCGCAGCGUUGGGUACGGCAAGGUGUUUCUGUAAAGUUUUGAUGCUUGAGUGAAAAGAAGCUGAUUGUAAAAGUUCACCUCGUUCGUCGUUUGCAUUCUCGUCUUCCACGAAAAUCAUGUUUUGGAUACUCCGGCGUACUGGAGCGGCUAACUUUUUCAAUUUAAUCAACAACAACUAUGCAACUAAAGGAGGAUCCAGUACCGGCAGCAACUCCGACAAACACGCCUCUCGACCACCGCGACGGGCAUACGGUCGCCUCAGCGUCGAAUCCGACGAUGCUCAAUCGUCGCUACGACGUGACACCGAGCUUAACGACAAUCUGAUUGAUGUGGAGGGCGAACUCAGCAUGGGCAACAGCAUCAAUAACAACAAUGUUCUGAUGAAAAAUCAGAACCAAGCAACCAUCGGUGCUGGCGGUUGCGGUGUUGGAAACUGCUUCACCGGCGGCAAAGGAACAGCAACGAAAACGGCCACAAUGUCGAGCGCGGCCGCAACGGGUAAGAUAGAUGGUUGCCCGUCGUUUCCGUACCCGCACGACAACCGCUACGCCAAUGACAACGAGGACGUGAACCGGAACCAAUCCAAUUGCCAUGAAACCGACUCUGAUUUGGAGCUGGAUGCAACCAUCAAGGAGCAGAGGCUUGAGGAACAGGCCAUCACGCGACUGCAAGCGAUGUCGUUUUCCGACGACGACGAAUACGACGAGUCCCUCACCUGCAACGUUUGUGACCGAGCUUUCCACUGUCGUCGACAGCUGGCCUCGCAUCAGCAGAAAAAGCGACAUUUUGGCUGCAGCGGUUGCGAUAGUCUAUUUCCCUCGCUGAUGCUGCUGGAACACCACAAGGAGGAGUUCGAACACUGGAGUGAUUUCGAGGACGACGGCAGGCUGCCCUGUUGCCGUCGGAAUCGCCGCGACGAAGACUAUACGGACACGGAGACGGGAACCAGCGAUGCCGAAAGCGAAGACCUGGAACGAUUGCUGUAAACGUUGGCUAGCGAUUUUCCGCAUUUGUACUCCAAUAUUGGAUACUGAUGGUGUUUGAUUGAAACAAUCAUCAUGGGAUAUGGUUCCAUCGGUAAUGAUUAUAUUUUUUUUAGAGAGAAAAAAAACGAAGUAGUUUGAGAGAAUGCUACUUGAAGAGAUGUCAUGAGACUCAACGGAAAACCCAACCCAAUCUUUUCCUAUCAAGUAUUACAAUAUCAGUUGAUCAUAUGUACAAUAUUUCCAACUAGGGACAUAUCAACUCUACCAAACAGUUUUUUAAUAGGAAUACCUACCUAUAUUGAUUGACUUUUGUGUGCAAUAAUUUUUGUACUAAAACAAGUAGCAUGCUCAAGGAAAACCAAGAAUCCAAAAUACGACAAAAACGAGGACCCCAUCAAAUAAUAACAUUUUGUAGUGAUUUUUAGAGUGAUGAACAAAAUGAAGCAGUAUUACUAAAAGACGAUAGAAACCUUAAUGUAUGUGCACGGAACUAGGUUCAUAAGCUGUUGUAAGAAAUCUACAGGAUUCAAAAUCAUGUGUUUUGUAACUUGGUGAGUAGAGUGAAAACGAAUGUAGUCAAAAACUAAACAAAAUGUGGUUCGAAUAGAAGAAAUUCUGAAUUUCUACUCCGUAGGAGAGCUGUUCGAAAAUAACGAAGCAACUCUGAUUGGUAUCUAAUGUACUAUGUGCUAAAAAUAAACAAAAAAAUAAAUAUAAAAAUAUAUUUUUCGCUGAGCCAAAUCGCUGAAAUGAAUAUGAAAUAAUCAAAGGUUUUGAGAGCUGUAUCAGAUUUAAGUGGGUGCGACAUCGUUCUGCAAAAUUGACUAUCAAAUUUUCAUCCACUCAACUUUUAUAUAACUUCUGACACUUAUGACUAACGAACUCAAUGAUUUGUAGUAUUUUGUAGUAGUGAUCGGUGAAUACAAUGUGAUUGGCUUAGAUGGCACCACUUCAAAUAUGCAAUUCUAAGACAAGCUGGAACAACUAAAACCAGGGUCAUUUACCUUCUGAACACACUGUUUAUUUUACGGUAGCACUCCUAGGUGUCGGAUCUACCAUGUUUUGACAGCACGUCGUUUUGAAAAGUUUCCUGUUUUGGAGCUCUCAUUCGUCAAAUUUUUUUUUUUUUUGACUGGAACUUCAAAAAUCCGACGUAGUCAAGUUUAAAAAUCACGAGAUCAUAGAAUAAGGCUGAAUCGGUCGUGUGCAUCGUUCUCAAACUAUUCCAAGAGAGGCACAGCAAACAUCGUUGAGAAACUAAUAAGCGAUAUUUUACUGAAAUUUCGACAUAGAUAGCUUUUUUCUAAAAUUCUCGGUAUAUUGUUUCCGAUUUCUCGGUAAUUCAAAAUGUUAUACUGAUAUUCGGUUUUGUAAAUUACCGUGUUUACCAGCAAUUGGUCGUUUUGCCGAAUUCAGCAAAUUAUUAAUAUCAACUUACCGAAAUCUCGGUAAACAACUUUUAGACAACCGAAAUUUAGUGAUUCAUCAAAGUAGCCAUUUUUCUUCAGUGUAAAAAAUGAGUGAUGUAUAUAAAUGCAUGAGUUCAUAUGUGGAAUUAGUUGCAAAUGAAAAUUGAAUCCGAAUAUAGCGAUAUGUUUCGUGAUAUUACGAACAAACUUGUUCAAUGUUUGACAAUUAUUCGUGACAAGAAAUCCCCCAGAGCAUUCUUACGGGAUAAUGAUUCUCGGAACGCUUAUCUACUGCAUGAAAUUGAUUCCACUCCGGUAUAAUAUAUUUCUUUGAAUAUUCAAUGUUUUAUUGAGCCAUUACUUUCGUUGUAGUCGGAAUCUGAUUUUCUGUGGAAAAUCGAAAUGUGUGCUCUACUGUAAAUAACAUGGAAGUGCAUACAGUCUACAGCGUAUAUGUUUGCAGACCCUGUCAGCUUAGAGCGAAAUCAAUCUUCAGUUCAGCACCGCCAUCGCACGGCAUCACAUUCAACAUAUCAUGUCAAUUGUAUGGGUGCGCAGUGCUGCUAUUUUGGCGCGCACAAAUUUGACGUUUCUCUCCCCUGUUUCUAUGUACGAGAUUCGAUGGGGACUCGCUUGAGGGCGCCAUGUUAGCAAAAAAAGGAUGUUGCCAAUGAUUUGUUCGGGAAAUGUGAGAGCUGGAUAUCUUGUUAAUAUGAUGUCUUUGAUGUUUGGCAAACAUUUGCCGAAAUUCGGGAAAAACUCUAAGUGUGUACGAUAUUUCCAAGAAAUUCAAUGCCAACCAGAGAUGCAGAUAUUUUCAUAGAAAAUCUGUAUUGCUUUGUAUAAAAAAUCUGUAUUAUUCUGUAUUCACAAUAAAAUGAAAUUCUUACAACAAAAUAAUGCUAAAAGAUGUUAUUUCGAUAGAUUUCAAUAGAAUAUUCAACGACGAAAUGUCAUAGUUUUUUUUAUCCACAACAAUUGAAUUGUAAUUCCAUAUAUUUAUCUAGUUUGAAAAUGUUGACUUCAUCAUUUGACAUGAAAUUUCAACGCCCAAUAUGCAACGUCAAGUCAGUUCAUACAACUCUCAGUUUGACAGUAAAGUUUCAUGAUACCAUUACUUCCUUGAAUAUCAGUUAAAAUUGGUUUCAAAUUAUAAUAUAAAUGGAUUUCACAAGAGAUUUCCAUAUUAAUUUGUGAUUUGUCCGUUGAUUGAUAGACUUUUAUCUCGUCACUGGAAUCAAAUACUAAAAGAUAGCUCAAACAGAAAAGUUCAUUUUUUUUCUUUCUUAGUUUUUGUGAGAUCUGUAUAAAUCUGUAUUAAAUUGAGGAAAUCUGUGUAAAAUCUGUACUCUGUUUUAAAUCUGUAUGAGCAUGUAAAAAUCUGUACAAUACAGAUAAAUCUGUAUAAAUGGCAUUUCUGAUGCCAACCAAUGCAUUGUCAAAAAGUCCGCGUCUGCGAGCAGGGAUGCCAGGUUCACAGAUUAAUCUGUGUUUCACAGAUUUUCAAUUUUCUGCUCAGAUUUAAAAAAUGACACAGAUUUUCACAGAUUUCUUAAAAUGAUCACAGAUUUUCACAGAUUCUGAAAUAAAUCACAGAUUUUUGAAAUCGAGCAACGUUUAACAAUUGAAAGAACAGAGCGGUUAAGGAAAAAGGUACAGAGCGUGUUGAUAGUGAGACCUUUUUUUUUUUUGCUCACCAAAUUGAUGUCGAUCUGCUAUUAUGAAACGGAAAACGAACACAGAUUUUCACAGACAGGUUUUUGGCUUGAUCACAGAUUUUUGAAAAAAUGACCUGGCAUCCCUGUCUGCGAGACAGAUUUUGCUUUUUGUCGGACCAGUAAAAAACCGUACAUAACAUUGAAACAGAAAAUAAAUGUAAAUGGUAAAUAAACGCGGCCGUAGUACAAUGAGAUUUCAACGACAUACAAAAGAUAGAUCCAUGAGGACGACGAAACGUACGUAAAGAUAGAUAAUGGUCAGUGGCGUACCGAGGAAAUUUGGUGCCCGGGGCAAAAUAAGAGAUUUGCAGCCCCAGUCGUUGGUUUAGUGAGCAAAAAAAAAACAAAGCUGAACUCCAUCUCCGGAAAGAUAACUUGGGCAAGCAAAAACAAAAAGGGUUACUUUUUCCGCCCCCUCAAAAUUGUUGCGCCCAGGGCGAAUGCCCCCUUUGUGUAAAACCGCGUGAGUCAAAAUCAAGACGACAAAAUAUGUAUGUUGUAACAGUUCAACUGACGUCGCUCGGAAUCUUCACAAUGACAAUUAGGUAAUGAGACUGAUUCCUCAAAAACCGUAUAUUAUAAAAUUUGUUUACCUGAUCCAGUUACUAACGAUUUUUGAGCGCACCCUGUUGACUCGUUUUCGGAAUCUUUCGAGUACUAGGCGAUAGUGGACGUCAUUCUGUCCGCACUUCGACUGGUCUUCCGCACCGCGACUCAUCUUCUAUGCUUUAACGCCCCUCCAAGGAGAAAAAUGUCGAGAUCGCAGUCACUGGCAUCCACUGUACAGAGUCGAGCAUAAAAUUUUUCGGUGUUCGUUGGUCGUAUCCUAAAAGUAGUCUCACGAUCUUAUUUUGAAGUAUCUGCGCAACCAGCAAGAAGACUCACAAUUAGUUGAUGCUUGACAGUACACGCGGAGCUUUUUAAAACUUGAAAGUACAGAUCAUGUUCCGUGUUAACUUUUUCGCUGCAUAGAAACUGAACAAUGUAUUCGAGAAGUAGCCUAGAAGUUCGUUUCUCUAUCGUCGCGCGAACUUUCAACUGUGGAUAGUUACUUAAAAAACGGACUGCUUAGAAUGUUGUACAUGAAAUUUGUGAGCUUUCUAAGCCAAAUCCAAAAGAUGCAUGCAUUCUGCGUUGUUGUUACUUAGAAGCCAGGCAUAAGAUAGAGACGCAGUAGCAUGAAUAGGGAGCAGUCAAUGUAAUGAAGCGGUUAAUUCUACACAGUACGCCGAAUUUUUGGGCAGCCCUCCGGAUAGCGUAGUUUUUAUGCUCAUUUAAGUUUAGCAUUCCGUCCAGCAUUACUCCCAAGUAUUUGAUUGCAUCGAUGACAGUUGAUUUAUUUUAUUCUUCUGGAAAAACUACCUCUCAAAAACUGAUUUAUAAUUUUCAGCAAUUUAUCACCGAACACGUUAAGUGCGUCGACUAGAACUCGCUUCGUUACUUCGUUAUAUUCGGUCCAGAACAAGGUUUCAAGUUUGUGACUUCCUUCACCAGUUGGGACAUGGUAAACGGAAAGCUGCAGUUUUCGUGGCGUAUAAGACUUGUUUCCAAAGAAGUCCAUGAAAAAAAUCUUUUAUUUAGUACGUUAAAUCGGCCUGUAAAGUGUUGGUACGAUUCGACAAGCUGUCACUACAGAAACAGUGGUAUCGAGACAACGGGUGGAUUUCUUUAAGAAGCAAAUCAAUCAACCCAAUUAUCAUCAAUUCCGCCCAAUUGAGGAAUAUUGGCCAGUGUCAAAAGAAAAACAAGUUGAAGAAGAGUGGGAAGUUGACAUGGAUGAAAAGGUUAAGUAACAAAAUGGCCGCUAAGGUUAGCCAACGGAGUAUUUAAAAUGUGGAACAGUGGUAUACGAAGAAAAGAUCGAUAAUUAAUCAAAAACCACAUCAGCUACUCUCGAUCAUAAUUGAUCUCAAAUGUGAACAACAUAAUUAUUAUGUACGUGAGCUAGAUGUAUUUAUAAAUGCGUAUCAUAACCAUAGAAAAAACAACAACGAAGCUGAAAUUGAUUCCAGCAAACUGACCAAACACGCUUGAUGUAGUAAUGGUGGAUCACUUAGAUAACACAUUUCAACAUUUAUGUGAAUAAAACAUAUCUACGACGUUUCUUCUAAUUCCAUUCCACAGUCGAGUCAAAUUUUUGAAUAAAUUUAGCCGAAUGUUAUCCGAAUUUAUACUUCUGAGCAUCCAGCUCUGCCAAUAAUCCGAAAUUCCAGAUAGUUUUUUCGGUAAUAUUUUGAUAUCAUAGAAACUUGCAAAGGAUGUUGCUGUCAUUCAAGAUAAAGAAACUAUGAAAAUUGUCCGGAACGAUGGGUUUUGGCAAAAUUUGCCUUGACUAUUCAGGGUUGGCGGUUCAAUGCAUAGGGCCCCGCCUAUGCAGGUUUUACCCCUUCUUCCGGGAUGCAACCUGGAAGGAUUCUUAGUAGGAUCGUAGCACUAGCAAUGCAAUUAUUCUGUACACUAAGAAUCGGUUGCGAAGUCUGUUAAACAGAAAGGCCAAAUUCCACAAAUGGAAUGUAAUGCCGCAGGACUUUGCUUUUUUGCCUCGACAACGAAACACUAUUUGAGGAAACGACAUUCGGUAACACGGGUUUUAAUUCAUAUAUUGAGUGGAUGGAUUUGGAUAUAAUCAAGACAGAAUGUUUAUUAUUGUAACCAGGAUGAUCAUUUGUAUUGGGAUGAAAUAGUCGAUGACGCAUGAUCGUAGCUUCAGCAUAAUAUUACCGGUACUUGAUAUCCUUUUCGUAUUCAGCCGUCAAUGUAAAGAUUCAAACAAAAUGGAUAAUGUAGACCCACCCGAACCGCAAUAUGUAUCAAAAAUCUCAUUCCACUAGAGGCUACAUGUGUGAGAUCAGUCUAAUUUUAAAUUUGUUAUAUUUGUACUAUUCAUUAAAAUCAAAAUUUUCACGUUAAAAGGAUAUUGUUAUCGUGUAGCAAAUUAUUUUGCAGUUUUUACAUGAAACAGGGUUCGACAUACGUUUGUUCGCCUCAUAUUUUUUGAUUCACCCGAAUUCAGAUAAUAAAACGCUUGAUACAAAACAAAAUUAGACCGAUACGAAGAUUUGUAAUAGGAAAUGUGACGUAUAUAGUCAAUCUCACUGAUCGAUUAUUGUUCAAAGACUUGUAGACCAAAAACAAAACUACAUAUUAGGCACUCUAUCUAUGAUAUAUAAAAUGUACUAACAGAGUCAAUGAAUAGAUGAAACAUAUUGUAUAUUCGGUAAAA